UUUGGCUUGAUCAACAGCAAUUUUAUUUCACUGUUUCUCUUUCGAAACAGGGAGGUUCUGGUUACGUUCAGGGUAUUCGAUUUGCAAACGUAGAGAUGCAAGAUGUUGCAAACCCGAUACUCAUUGAUCAGUUCUACUGCGAUUCUCCAACAACAUGUCAAAAUCAGACCUCAGCGGUUAAAAUCAGCCAGAUAAUGUACCGGAACAUAACCGGGACAACCAAAAGUCCGAAAGCCAUCAAAUUUGCGUGCAGCGACACAGUCCCUUGCAGUCACAUUGUCCUCAACGAUGUGAAUCUUGAAGGCAAAGACGGUCAAGUUGAAGCGUACUGUAACUCAGCUGAAGGUUUUGGGUACGGAGUGAUUCAUCCAUCCGCAGAUUGUCUCUACUCGCACGACGACAAGGGCUUGGACCAAAGUUACAAGUCAGAGACUGGCCACGACGAGCUCUGAUGUUCGAAAGUGUUGUUGUUAGUGAGGGAUGAUAUGUAAAAUAGUUUUCUGAAGCAUAUGAUAUAGUAAACAAGAAUUUUAUUUUUCACUUUUAUAAUCAACCAUAAAGUUUGGUUGUUCGUAACAGCAUUUCUCCACCUUUUGUAUCACAUGUUUUCUUUCUUUAAUUUUUUAUACAAAUGCGUUAACUU